UCUCUUCCAACUUCUUCUACCGUUUUACUGAAGGUUUACACAGUGGAUAAGUUUAGCCUGAAAACUGUGACCAUUGGCUGGGCAGCUCUCGGACUGUUUGUGGAGUCUGGCAGUGAAACACAAGCCGGUAUAGACACCAGUCCACAGCAGGUGUGUCUGAAUGAGGGGGCCCACCAGCUCAGGCUGUACCACCAGUGUCCAGCGACAGGCACUCCUCUCUCCUCACAGGCCUUGGCCCUCUCCAGCAGGGUUGUUCCCUGUGCCAGUGUGCUGGUGAGGGUGUCCAGUGCUCCGUCUGAAGGAGUUGGUCCUACAGAGCCCCAGAGCCAGCAGCCACAGCAGCUCUCCCCCAAGCUGAGCCCCUCUGACAGGGUGUUCUACUCCAGCUCUGCACGACUGACUCCUGGAGAAACACGGCUACUUGCUGCCAUGAUGCACAGGUCAUUUGUUAGUGUCCGAGAGACGGCCCUCUUUAUCGCUGGGGACUCAGGGGGUCCGGACACAAAAUCAGAACUGGAGAUUGGUGAUUGGAUAUUACAGAAACUGAGCCAUGUGAAAUACACUUGGCCACAGCCGUUUAAUCUGAACCUAGUGUCUCACUACUCUCGUUCAGAUGGCUUCAAAGUCUGUGUGGAGAGUGCUCUGAACCUGCCCUGGUGUGCCUUCCCAAUGGGGAUAUGCACUCUUUGCCCUCCUGCUGCUGUUUACCAGGGUCCUCCCUGGCUUGCCCAUGACCGUCCCAACUUUAUCCAGUGCCUGGUUCUUAACAGCAGCUACAGUGCCCCCCAGUGGGCAGAUGGAUACAUGUCUUUCCAUCAGCGAGUGUACCACAAGUAUAUGACAGCCAUCAUUCACCUCUAUGCUGUGUCUGUGGUUCCUAUUGAGGCAUCUGAACACAUGCACGACAGCAACGACAAUCAGAAAAUUGAAUUUAGUCUGAAACUUGGCCAGCAGUGUUGGACCGCUGUGCCCACCUUCACUCACGGAUACUGCAAUACAGGCCGCUACCAGCUGCCUCUUUUCACUGGUACACCAUCACAGAAAGUGCUUAGUGCAUUAAGAAAUGGAAAAUGCAAACAUGUUCUGAAGGGUUUACUGCACAAUAAUGAGGUGCAGCUGCUCUCAGGAGCCAGUGUGUUUGUGAGGGUGGCCGAUGGGCGCAGACAUCAAGAGUUGGAACAACCAGCAGCAAAGGAUGCACAAAGAUCUUUCCUGCACUUCCUAAAAGCAGAAGACCCACUGAAGCUAACGUCCACUCCUCCCCUCCAUCAGCUCAUACCAGAGAGCCUCCGAAGCCAAUCAGAGGUCUUCUCCAGGCAACUGGCUACACAGUUCAAACAGGUAGUGCACCAAGACCUGGGAUACCAGUCCCUGAACAGGGAAGCGCUCAAGCCAAUGGGUCCAGUCAGUGAUGGACUGCUUUUCAAGGUUUAGAGAAAA